ACCCUCUCCAAAACGACAAAAUAUUAGGUUGACAAUAUCUUCACAAAGAGGAAUUGACUGCAGACCUUGGAGGACAGAGCAGUUCUAUUUAUGAUCCACCCAUGUAGUAAAUAGGGCUCAUGCCUCCGCUCACCCACUCCAAACCUCUCCAGGAGCACCCAAUGCCCAGGUGACCUUUCAAGACUUCGAUCCCAUACCAGGGUAGUCGAAGAUCAUUGACCUACCGCGUUGUUUUCUUGUUGUUGACCUUCAAGAGAGAGAGACAGAUAAACGCCAUUAAUUACGAUGUCCAAUUGGAGGGAAGAGUACUAUACCGCCCUUGGAGUCCGCGAUGAGCGGGAAAAAGCGAAUGAGUCGCUCUAUGAUGCCUAUACCCGCCUUGCCGACCGCACCAGCAAACUAGAAACUGCCAAUUCUCUCCCUCCCACUCCUACGAUCCCAAAUCCGCCGCAAUCCCCCUCCACAGCCACUCCUAAGAAACUAGGCAGGCGUGACACACCUCCUAUACAGCCUCCAAGUGUUCCCGAUGCUUUGGCUGCCGCGCGCAAGGACCUUGCUGAGGCGCAACGUUCGCGCACAGAGCUCCUAGUCCGAUUAAAAAGGACGACAGAGGACCUGGAAAACGCAAAGAAGAAGGCCACUGUCGAUAACAAGAAGAUUUUGGAUCUAUCAGUGGAACGAACACAGUUGCAGCAGCGGCUCAGGGAUAGAGACGAAGAACUUCGAGGAAAGGCGAAGCUAUUGGAUGAUGUCCAAGAUGAACUCGUAUCACUUAAUUUGCAAUUUAAUAUGUCAGAAGACCGAGCAAAAAAGUUGGAAAAGGAGAAUAAAGAACUAAUCGACCGGUGGAUGGCGAGAAUGGGCCAGGAAGCCGAAGCCAUGAAUAAAGCGUCGAAAUUCUCAUGAAUAUCCUUAAGACGAUUGAAUGUCAUGAUGAGUAUCAUGCAAUAUACUAGCGUUAUAUUCCUAAUGACUCUAUGGAAAUAAAUUGCAUUAGUCGAUC